AUGGAGCAAGACCACACCGUUGAGGCGGGAGAUGGCACCCCCGAGGAACCUCUGUUCUACCCCUGCAAAUGCAGCGGCAGCAUCAAGUUUGUCCACCAGGACUGCCUCAUGGAAUGGCUGUCACACUCCCAGAAGAAGCACUGCGAGCUUUGCAAGACGCCUUUCCGCUUCACUAAGCUGUACGACCACAACAUGCCCAAGACCGUACCCGCCUACGUCUUCGUCAGCCACAUCGCCAAGUACAUCUUUCGAAAUAUACUGGUGUGGGCGCGAGCGGCUUUGGUCCUGAUGGUCUGGCUCGUCUGGCUUCCGUACCUCAUGAGGAGGGUUUGGUCUGCUCUUUUCUGGCUGAGCGAUGAGGGUCUCGGCCCCGUCUGGGGCAGAUCAGAUGCCACCAGCGCCCUGGCUUCAGGUACUCUUUCGACAUCUGGUGCCGCUACAUGUCCAUCGAGUCCCCUAUCCGCCGAGUCCACCACCGCCGCCACCGUCAAGGAAAUCAUGAGCCAGGUGUCGCGGAGUGCUGGCUCCCCUACGACCACAUCACUUUACGGUAUCAACAUUACGACCGACAAUCCCUUUUACCUGGGCGGAUCCGGCAUAUGGGAUGAAGCGACAUCCCAUGAGGUGCAGAGCAAGGCUACGCCGAUUCCUACACACCAACCUACACUGCUGAGCGACGUCAAGCUUUUACAGAAACUCUCCUCGGCUUCCCCUGCCCUAGGCGGGUUCGCCAUCGACAUCCUGGAAGGGCAGAUUAUCACCGUCCUUGUGAUCAUCUGCUUCAUUCUGAUCAUCCUGGUCCGAGACUACGUCGUCCAGCAGCAGCCAGAUAUCAACAUGCGAGCUGCAUUUGCUGCUGCAGAGAAUCAAGAUGCCCACUUCACCCCGAACGAGGAUUUAGCACCAGGCGAUGCCGACCUUUUCCAUGGCUUUGAACAUGAAGAUGAUGCAACCUCCCCACACGAAUCCUCCAGACAAUCCUCGCUUCCUGCCCAUGAUAGCAGUGGUGCCGCGGAGAACUACGUCAGAAUAUACCGUCAGGCACAGGGGGAUGCCGAUGAGAUACGACGCAUUGCUCGCGAGGAACACCUCGAAGAGGAGUUGUCGUAUUUUCUUGGUAUUGGGAAGGCUCAAGCCUCUCGGGAUCAGACGGAGGCAUCCGCUGCCGAGACAGGCGAAUCGUCAAAUUCAGGAGGACUGCGCCGAGUGUCGGGCUGGGAUUGGCCAAAAGACGGAUCGGAAGCCUCUGGCAAGGGGAAGACCCCAGUUGGCAACGACUUUCUUACUGCCGACGGGGACCAAGACCACUCUUCGCGGCCAAGAUCUGCCACGGACGGACCGCAAGUUGUCGGAGGCGUCAAUCCACUGGGCCAUAAUACCUGCACAUUAGCGGAGAGCGCAUCAUCUAGUGCCCAUGGCCGAACACCUAGCUCAUCUAGCAGCAACGACUCCAUACACAGUCGGACCGGUACUUUGGAACGCGACGCGUUGGAUGCUGCAUUAGAGACUCACCGGGCGGACGACUGGGAAACACUAUCGGAAUUUGAUGCGCAGACGGGAGAACCGCAGCAACACGUGGACUUGGAUGUGCCGGCAGAAGAUUUGAGGGAAGUGCGUGAGCACCCCCCGGCGGCCGGCUUCACCCAGUUUGUAGCUGAUUUUAUGUGGCGCGACGAACAGGAUGCUGCUCUGGCCCUCGCAGAGGAUCACCCCCAGCUCCUGGAGCAAGAUCAAGAGGUAGUGGCUGCGGCUGCGGCUGCAGGCAUUGAUGCCGAAGCAGAGGCCAUUGAUGAUGCAGAAGACUUGGAAGGCAUUCUUGAGCUCCUGGGUAUGCGCGGACCUAUUGCUGGCCUCUUUCAGAAUGCCCUCUUCUGCGCUUUUCUGGUGUCUAUCACCCUCUUCAUUGGCGUGUUCGUGCCAUACAACUUGGGCCGGCUCACCAUCUGGGUGGUUGCCAAUCCGAUCCGACCUAUCCGCAUGAUUUUCAGCAUCUCAAGCUUCGUCCAAGAUCUAGCUGUGCUAGUGGGAGGCUUGGCAUCUACACUGGUAUUUGGCGCUCUGAACGGGCUUAUCUCCUUCUUCCGUCCGGAAGCGCCGCAGCUGGUCAUGGUCAGAAGCCUGGUGCAGAGGUCUUGGGCUCUGAUGGAGAACUCCGGAGGGAGGUUACGUGACAGCGGCAUGGUUGACAUGUCCUUCUGCUCAGCCGAGGAGCUACGUAAUUUCUCGAUUGUCAGCCACGCCGCCCUGUUGACACUGAAGAGCCAGGCGGCGUUGGUGCUCGCUACCAUCGGAAAAGCUAUUCUGUUCGUCUUUGGCGGGCAGUAUUCCACCAAGAUGGCAGAGAUUGCACCACAAGCCGCAACGGCGUCCUCUUUGCUCUGGCAAGCUUUGAAGGACAUCCCGGCUUUGUUCUCGAUUCGGAGCUCUUGGGUCAUUGACUUUGGUACGUCCGAGACUGCAGUAUCCCUGAGUCCCGAGUUGGCAUCGUGGGGUGCCAUGGACCGGCUGUGGGCCAUCCUGGGAGGAUACAUCGCCAUGUGUGUUGCUGCAGCAACCUACCUUGGACGCGGAACUCCUAUAGCCGGCAGGCUCGGACAGGAGUGGGAGGCCACUCUCAUCGACGUAUUGGUCCAGGCCAGUGGCGUUAUGAAGGUCAUCCUCAUCAUCGGCAUCGAGAUGCUGAUCUUCCCGCUGUAUUGUGGGCUGCUGUUGGACGUGGCGCUACUUCCGCUUUUCGAAGACACGACCAUCAUGUCGCGAGCGAUGUUUACAGUCAACUAUCCCCUCACAUCCAUAUUUGUGCAUUGGUUUGUCGGCACUGGAUACAUGUUUCACUUUGCGCUCUUUGUAUCCAUGUGCCGCAAGAUCAUGCGCAAAGGUGUUCUGUACUUCAUCCGCGAUCCCGAUGAUGCUGAGUUCCACCCCGUCCGUGACGUACUCGAGCGGAACGUCACUACACAGCUCCGCAAAAUCCUGUUCUCCGCUUUUGUCUACGGCGCUCUGGUCAUUGUUUGCCUCGGUGGCGUGGUCUGGGCACUGUCCUAUGGGUUCCAAAAUGUCCUGCCCAUCUACUACUCCUCAAACGACCCUGUGCUGGAAUUUCCGAUCGACCUGCUUUUCUACAACUUCCUGAUGCCCCUUGCAGUCAAAUUUUUCCGGCCCAGUGACGGCCUCCACGCCAUGUAUACCUGGUGGUUCCGCAAGCUGGCUCGAACUCUACGGCUCACCUGGUUCCUGUUCGGCGAGCGGAGGAUCGAUGAGGAGGGCACCCUCGAGCUGAGCUCUGACUCUCCCUCGCAGGCACUACCGCUGUGGAAACGGCUUUUCUUGGAAGUAGACGGCCAGGCUGUGGUGCCAAAGACCUGGAAAGACACGUUUGAGGGGGGUCACGCCAAACCAUCCCCUCCUCUCAGCCAUGAACGUCACAGGACGCUGGAUACCGACAAGGCUCAACUUGUGCGGACCCACCAAUUGAUUCCUGACGGACGUUUCGUCCGCGCUCCGGCUUCAGACCAGGUCAAGAUCCCCAAGGGAGAGCGGGUCUUCUUUGAUGUCUCAGAGCUCAAUGUGAGGCAGGAUGACAAGCCUGAUCGACCGGCGACCGAUCUUUAUUCUACGAAUACGUAUCAGUUCGUAUACAUCCCGCCGAACUUCCGUCUUCGCAUUUUCCUCUUCAUCCUCUUCAUCUGGCUGUUUGCCGCAGCCACCGGUGUCGGAUUCACCAUCAUCCCCCUCAUCUUUGGAAGGACCCUGUUUCGGCUCUUCAUUCCUUCUGAUGUUCGGACAAACGACAUCUAUGCUUUUAGCAUAGGACUGUAUGUUUUAGGUUCAGCGUUUUAUCUCGGCUGGCUUAGUCGGGAUAUCUCCUCCAGAGCCAAGGCCUGGCUCCAGGACAACGCGGCUACGCUGUUCAACCAAGAGACCUUUCAGCGGGUGACCGCCGUAGCCAAACGCGCAGCAAAGCUCGGCUACUCUUACUUCUUCCUCCUGGUCGUGUUCCCAUUCAUGGUAUCCAGUCUGAUGGAGCUCUACUUGUUGAUACCACUCGACACCUGGAUGUACGGCUCCACGGCGUCCAAUGCCAACGACGAUGCAGCCUUGCACCCGCGCCAUACCGUCCGUGUUAUGCAGUCGUGGACCAUCGGCGUCAUCUAUUUGAAGCUCGCGGCAAGAUUUGUUGUCCACUGGCACCGCGACAGUCGCCUCGCAGCUGCGAUCCGCGCAGUUCUACGUCAUGGCUGGCUCGAACCGGACGUCAAGGUUCUCACACGAGCGUUCGUUGUUCCUGGCCUCACACUCUGGCUUGCGGCGGUUUUCGGUCCACUUAUGCUUGCCAAGAUGGCCAUACGAUACAUCUUAGGCUCUGAUGCCGAUACAUCCACGGACGCGGGUGUAGUGCUCGUAUAUCGCUUCUGCUUCGCGGCAGCACUGCUCUGUGCUGUCGCGCUAGCCAUCGUGAGGAGCAUCCUUGGCGUGUUUAGGAGCUGGAGGGUAAGGAUCAAGGACGAAGCCUACCUCAUUGGGGAGAGGCUGCAUAAUUUUACCUCGCCUCAACAAGCGAUGCGCGAGACAGAGAGGGAGAGAAGACGGACAAGGUCGUCUGGCUUGGGCCGCUCGCUCCUUGAGAACGGGUAUAUGUGACUGCGAUUGCGGCUGCACGUGGGCGUCUAUCCUGGCAGCUGUAGAUGGACGAGGUCCUCGUGGAAGACGAAAAGGGGCUGUCCAUCCUUGUGCAUCCCCCCCUUCCACCCCUUUUGUUAUUUUCAGCGUGUAUUGUGAUACCGAUGCCUUGAGUCAGGGCUCAGCCUUCCUUUUAUUCAUUUAUUCACUAAGCAUGGAUAAAAUAGGACGCUCGACAUCCAAGAUUGUCUCACUAGAUGGUGGCGUUGGCGGGUAACUUAUGCGUACCAAUAUCAAGUACUCUACUACCCCG